AUGCCAGCCCCAGCCCGGCCACUCACAGCCCGCGGGCCUCCCUCCAUGGUCCGGCGUCCAGCCAGUCCCAGCCCGUACCGUCUGGCAGAGUCGAGCCCUAGCGAAAUCAUCCUAGCGGCAGGGAACAGCAGCACGGGCUGUUGGGCCGCUCCUGGUAUCACCGAUAGAUUUGGCCCGCAGGCCGUGGCCAAAUGGCAGCACAGCGAUGCGAUGCAGCACUCGCACACCCCCCCCCCCCUCUCCCAAGGACAGUUGAGACCCAAGACCCAAGACCCAAGACGCCCGUGCCUUGGCGACGCUGACCCCACUGGCAAUAUAGAAAAGACUAUGUGGAGAGCUUGCGCUUCUUUGGGACGUGUGGCGCACACCCCGGCUCCGUGGCCCAGGUUCUCGUCGCCAAGGGACGCGAGGUACGCACCAGCUGCCCUCGACGGCGCUGGCCGAUGGAGGUACCUCUGGUCUGGUCCCCCCGAUCGGCGCGAGGAACAUGCACAGUGCGGUACAGUGCCGGAGGGUACGAGCACUCGCAAGUUGGACAGCACAGCGACAGGACAAGACCUCAGAGCCGAGACGGGAGAGAGGCCAGACGGGUUUUGGGCUACCUGA